AUGGCCCACCGCCAAUGGACUGAUCUGCCACCGUCUGGAAAUUAUUCGCUGGAGGGCUCGUCUCCCUCUGUUGUCCCGGAGCGUCCAGGCCUAGAUGCCGCCGGAAAACGUCCACAAGCAGAGACGAGGCUUAUCCACAAGAACCUCCGGACAGGAGUCGCAGCAUUCGAGACUUUGAAAGACAUCAUAUCAACCCCUGAGACUUUGAGUUAUUUUGAUAACGGAAGACGUACACGAGUUAUUGCUGACGCCUCACCUGUCGGAAUUGGGGCUGUAUUAGUCCAGUUUGAUGGAGAUAACACCACACCACAGGUCAUUGCUUAUGCCAGCAAGAGUCUGUCUAAAACGGAACAGAGAGCCACAUACAUCGUCGUGGAGUCUGCCGCUGUUGAUGUGACUGAAAUCGAAGAAGCUUCAGCUUUGGACCCGGAAUUUGGCAAAUUGCGUGAAUCAGUAAUGACAGGUAGGUGGACAGAGGAAGUCAAAGCAUACCAACCAUUUAGGGAUGAACUAACCGUGACAGGGAAUAUUCUUAUUAGGGGAAAUAAGUUGGUGGUUCCUGGAAAGAUUCGUUCUCGGAUGUUGAAUCUAGCCCAUGAAGGCCAUCCUGGCGAGUCAGCAAUGAAGAGACGCUUAAGGGAUCGAGUGUGGUGGCCAGGACUUGAUAACGAUGUCACUAAAUUUGUAAAAGUUUGUGAAGGUUGCAGCUUGGUUACAACUCCCAACAGACCAGAACCCAUGGUAAGACGUGAAUUACCAUCAGGGCCGUGGAUCGAUAUAGCCCUUGAUUUCUUGGGGCCACUCCCUUCAGGGAAAUACCUUCUAGUUGUUGUGGACUACUUUAAUCGCUAUAAGGAGGUAGAAAUUAUGAGCAAAAUAACUGCUAAAGAAACAGUAAAUCGUUUGGAUAAGAUAUUCGCACGGCUGGGCUAUCCACGAACGCUUACUGUCGACAAUGGUAGACAAUUUGUCAGUGCGCAGUUUGAUUAUUUCUGCAAGCAACGUGGAAUAACUCUCAAUAAAACGACUUCUUAUUGGCUACAGCAAAACGGAGAAGUUGAGCGCCAGAAUAGGUCGCUACUGAAAAGACUGAGAUUCAGCAACGAACUCAACCGAGACUGGAAGAAGGAUUUGUUAGAGUAUAUGGUCAUGUACUAUACAACACCUCACUCCACAACGGGAAAGACACCGACUGAACUUUGUCUGGGACGGACAAUCAGAGGCAAAAUUCCAUCUUUGCGAGACAUUGAGACACAACCACCACUAAAAACUGAGUACCGUGAAAGAGACAAAAUGUUGAAAGAAAAAGGGAAAGACAAGGAAGACAAGAAAAGGGGCGCCAAAGAAUCAGACAUCAUUAUUGGAGAUGUGGUUUUAAUAAAGAAUGUACUGCCAGGAAAUAAGCUUACCAUCACAUUUGGACGUAACCGAUUUAUUGUUACUGGGAAAGCAGGAGCGAGUGUAACGGUGAAGGACAUAAAAUGCAGAAAGAUCUUCUGUCGAAAUUCUACGCAUUUGAAGAAAGUGUAUGAACCUGAGGAUGCUCAAAGUGGGAAGGAAGCUGAUGAAGGACAACAGGACAUGCGAGAUCAGGAGGUAACUCAGUACAAUGACGACAUGCUUUGUGAGCAGGAUUAUGAUCAGGAGACGGAGGACAACAUCGAAGCAACAGAUCGAAUGAAUACUCAAACACGAAACAAACAGGUUUAUGAAUGUGACAGAACGAGAGCAAAGGAAUAA